AUGGACGUGGUGUCGGCUGCUUCCGGGAGCGGCGCGGGGCCAGUGUGUAAAGGAUUUUUGGACAGAUUUUACAUAUUAAAAGAAAAACAUUCUGACUUCACUGUGGCCACCAUAGAGAAAGAACUGGUUAACAGCUGCAUGGACAAAGGAAAAGAACACCGCUUGUGCUAUUACAUUGGGGCAACAAGCGAUGCAGCCACGAAGAUCAUCAGUGAGGUCAGCCGCCCAAUGAGUGCUCAUGUGCCUGUUUCGAAGAUAUGCGAGAAACUGAAGAAGAACGACAUUCAGAUCUGUGAGCUCAAAUAUGAAAGGAAACUGGACUUAAACUUGGUGGAUCUCUCCAAAGAAGUGGCUGAGCUGAGGAAGAUCCUGGAUAGCUGGGGAGAAGUGUGCAGAGCAUGCACAGAGAAAACAGACUUUGUGAACUUGAUUAAGGAGCUAGCACCUUAAGUGUAUACACUUACAAACCCCAAAUCAGACCUUUGAUUGAUACUUGUGCCAGCCCAGUGCUUUCUAUGGUAGGUCAUCUCUCUGUGCACAAAGAAUGACUGACAAUGGAAUAGCUAGGCUAAAAAACUUAUUAUUUGGUUACAACUCACAAGUGCCAAAAAAUAGAGUUAUUAUUAAUAAUUGCUUAUUUAGCACCACAGAAGGACAUAGUACUUUACAGACAAGACAAGGUCACUGCACCAAGGAACAUAAUAUAUAAGAAUCAAAUUGUAUUUGUAUUGCAAUAGCAAAUAGAGUCCUCAGCCCCACUGUGCUAGCUCUGUACACACACAUAACAAAAAAAUGAUCCCUGCCCCAGAGAGCUUAUGCUCUAAAGUAGAAGAGGAGAGACCAACCUGCUUCCCCAAACAAACCCAAAACAGACCUUUAGCUAAACCAGUGUAAUGUUGUGUGUAGACAGUAUUAGGGCUUGUACUGCUUUGAUCAUAUUGGUUUAAAAACUCAUUAAAUAUUAUUAGCAAAAUACUAUUAUUUUCCAUGACAUCAUAUACCAUUAUAAGCAAUUUGAUAAUAAUAACUGAUCCACAGUAGAGGGUUGCAUCAGUUCAACUACAUCUGUUUCUAAACCAAUGUGUUUAAAUCAAUACACAAACGGUGUGGAGACCAGCUCUUCUGUCUAUUCAAACCUGGCUUAUAUUGGUAUAACUUGUAAUGUGCAGGCAUAACUUGUACAUAAACAAGCCAUGUUUAAACCAAUGCAAUAAGUCUCCAUGCAGAGGCUUGCACCAGUUGAAUUCAAUUGGUGAAAUUUCUGUAGAAAAUCUUCUUUGCAGCCUCUGCCUCAUUCAUUACACACCUUUUAACUCCUGCAGGGAAUGAGGCAGGGGCCUUACAACAGCAUUGUGUAGUGAAUGAGGCUGUUAUCUCAUCCACUGUCCAUCUUGUGCAUUUCCAGUCCUAGGUCGACACCUUGAUAUAUUCAGGGAAAAACAAUAUUUUUAUUUAAGCAGUUUGGAAACAGAAAUUAGAGGUGGAAAAGACCUAUUUGAUUAUUUAGUAUAUUCCUGCCAGCUGAGGUACUCCAGCAGGUCCGCAUGCCCUGCUGAUCAACUCCUCACCCUCCUUCCCAUAACUCCUCCCCCCCCCCCAGUGCCUCCUGCAUGCCAUAGAACAGCUGUUCCCCGUGUGCAGGAGGUGCUGGGAGGGAGGGGAAGGAGCAGAGAUGUGGCACGCUCACGGGGGCGUGGAAAGAGGCGGGGAAGAGGAGGGGCAGGGGUGGAGAGGGGGCAGGAAGAGGUGGGGCCUUGGAGGAAGGGCUGGAGUGGGGGCAGGGCCUGUGAGUGUUGGGGAUCUGGGAAAAAUUGUAAAUCAAAAUGGGGGUUCUCAGUUGCUAAAGUUUGAGAACCGCUGCUCUAGAACAUUUUAGAAACUUGCAAACAAACCAACCUACCUUUUUGGUCCAUUCUAACUAAUUCGGUUCCUUCCUAGGUAUUGAUACCCUUCAAGUAUUUGCAGCUGGCUAGCAUAUCCAACUUAUUUGCUGCUUGGCCACAACAAGCAUAUUUUGCUCUUUUAGGAUGGGGUUUUCAAAGGAUUUCAAUGGAAUUUUGGCCCCGAACUCCCUUAGACUCUAUUGAGAAUUCCUCAGUUUCUUCAUUCUCUCACAUAUUUUGUUUGGUCUUCUUUGAGUUCCCUGAAGUUAGUGAGUUGUACCACUAAUAUUGACAGAGAGUGCCACUAAAUCAAGAAGUUUUGUCCAAGUUUGUUUGAAGUCAUUACUUUACAUGUAUGCACAUAGGCCCCAGACCAGCAAGGCACAUAAGCACAUGCUCAAUUUUAAGCAUGUGAAAAGUCCCACUGAAAUCAAGAAGUAGGUCUUAAUUAUUCUUCUGGAUUGGGGCUAACUGAUUAUGAUUACAGAGUUCCAAUUGACUUUGCAAUAUGAAAGUGACCUAAUACUCAAACAUUUACAUUUCAGAAAAGAAGGUUUUGUGUACACUGGAGAAAGCUAUUUCAGUGCUUAUCAUUAGAAGUAUUUGAAAUAUGGAAGAGAAAGGUUACUAUGAAUUCACUGCCAGAUAUUUUCAUCUUGAUUGCAUAAAUCCCUGCAUUUAAUUGAAAUCCAGUGGUGAUUUGCACAAUUAAUGUUUUAUGUUUGCAAAAAAUAUUUAAGCCCAGAUCCUCAAAGGUAUUUAGGCAUUAUGUGUCUUUGAAGAUCCAGGAAUUAGUGGGCCCACAUCCUAAAUUAUGUGGGCCAAAAUUCUAUUCUUUGAUACAGAGACAACUCCCAUUGAAUUGAAAAGGCAUUGCAUCUUUGUUUCUUAGAGAACAGGCUUCAUGACUGUCUCCUUUACAUGGGUAUAAAUCAAAAGUAAAUCCACUGAAGUCAGUGGAGUUACUCCAGUGUAAACUGCUGUGAGAAAAGAAUCAAGCCUGAGAUGUCCGCUGUGUGUGUAGUAGGAAAGAACCAGGCUUAUACACUAGUAAUGAACAGAUCUCAAAAGGGUUUGAGGUACAAUUCAGAUAUGCAUCCAACUGUAGAGGUGUGAAAUAGCCAGCCAUCUGUGAUCUGGUAUCCUUGCAAUAUGUGGUUUCUUAUACAUUUUUAUAGUAUUUCUUGCUGCAGAAUUACCCUUUCACGUGUUAUUUGUGUACUUCUGCUUCUCGCUGAAAGAAGGAACUGCAGUGGUGUGUGAAAAUUGGAUUAAAGAGAAUUAAGUA